CACUAUAUAAGAUCCUCUCCGCCGCUGGCUAUCCACUUCUCCUCCCCCAACCUCUCCGGCGACGCAUCGAACCCCAAAAUUCUUCCUCUCUCGAGAGAGAGCUAGGUUAGGAUCGGAUCAAUCUCUCGCUUCCUUCCCGUGAAGAUGUCGUCGCCCGCGGGGGAGGAUGAGAAGAAGCCGGCGGGGGGAGAGGGCGGCGGCGCCCACAUCAACCUCAAGGUCAAGGGACAGGAUGGCAACGAGGUGUUCUUUCGUAUCAAGAGAUCAACCCAACUGAAGAAGCUGAUGAACGCCUACUGUGAUCGCCAGUCCGUGGAUAUCAAAUCUAUUGCCUUCCUGUUUGAUGGUCGUAGGCUCAAUGCUGAGCAGACCCCUGACCAGCUCGAGAUGGAAGACGGCGACGAGAUUGACGCCAUGCUUCACCAGACUGGGGGCUCUCUGCCUGCCUAGAGCUCAUAUGAAGCUGUUGCAACAAUGCAACCGCAUUACUAUUUUCUGCCUUGUUAGAGUCAGUCAGUCUAGAGGACAUGAAACUAGUCUAAAGAACUUGUGAAUCGUUUGGUCCUGUGCCCCAGCUGAAGGACAUUAGGGUGGCUUUGUUUAGCGAGACUUGGUACUUUGGUGUGUUAAUCCAUCGCCUAAUUUAUCCAUCCUUUGCUGGUACUCCCGAUGAUA